UCGAAUUUGGGUCGUGCGCCAAACACACGCGGUACGAUGUCGAAACGCCGGAUCGAGGUGAUGGAUCCGUUCAUCAAAAAGCGCAGGGAGGAGAAGGCAGCUGCCGAAGCGGCAGCCGGUUCCUCCGCCAGCUCUUCGAAGCUAGACUCUGGCGGGGGAACAUCGUACGGAACAUCGGGUUCGAGCGCGCUUACGAAAGGGGCGGCCGGCGGCGGUGGAGCCGAAGCGGGUGGCAAAAAUCCGCUCAACGGAAUUCCCUACACACAGAACUACUACAAUCUGUACAAAAAGCGUAUCACGCUGCCGGUGUUCGAGUACAAGACGGACUUUAUGCGGCUCCUGUCCGAGCACCAGUGCAUCGUGCUGGUCGGUGAAACCGGUUCCGGCAAAACAACUCAAAUACCUCAGUGGUGCGUCGAGUUUGCGCUCAAGUCGAGCUCGAAAGGUGUCGCGUGUACGCAGCCCCGCCGAGUGGCUGCCAUGUCCGUGGCGCAGCGAGUCUCGGAGGAGAUGGACGUGAUGCUGGGCCAGGAAGUGGGCUACAGUAUCCGUUUCGAGGAUUGUUCGUCACCCCGAACGCUGCUAAAGUACAUGACAGACGGUAUGUUGCUGCGGGAAGGUAUGAGCGAUCCGAUGCUAGAGGCCUACCAGGUGAUUCUGCUCGACGAGGCACACGAACGUACGUUGGCCACCGAUCUGCUGAUGGGUGUGCUGAAGGAGGUGAUCCGGCAACGCAAGGAUCUGAAGCUGGUCGUCAUGUCGGCCACCCUCGAUGCCGGCAAGUUCCAGCAGUACUUUGACAACGCCCCACUAAUGAACGUUCCGGGCCGGACGCACCCGGUCGAGAUCUUCUACACGCCCGAACCGGAACGCGACUAUCUGGAGGCUGCCAUCCGAACGGUGAUUCAGAUACACAUGUGCGAAGAGAUCGAGGGGGACAUUCUGAUGUUUCUCACGGGCCAGGAAGAGAUCGAGGAAGCGUGCAAGCGCGUAAAGCGCGAGAUCGACAAUCUCGGGCCGGACGUGGGCGAACUGAAGUGCAUACCGCUCUACUCGACCCUGCCGCCGCACAUGCAGCAAAAGAUUUUCGAAACCGCUCCACCGAAGCGGGCCAACGGUGCGAUCGGGCGCAAGGUGGUCAUCUCGACCAACAUUGCCGAAACGUCGCUCACGAUCGACGGGGUCGUGUUCGUGAUCGAUCCCGGGUUCAGCAAACAGAAAGUAUACAAUCCCCGUAUCCGUGUCGAGAGUUUGCUCGUUUCGCCGAUCAGCAAAGCGUCGGCCCAGCAGCGGGCGGGUCGUGCUGGCCGUACGCGUCCCGGCAAGUGCUUCCGGCUCUACACGGAGAAGGCUUACAAAACGGAAAUGCAGGACAAUACGUAUCCGGAAAUUUUACGCUCCAAUCUGGGAACGGUGGUGCUGCAGCUGAAAAAACUCGGCAUCGACGAUUUGGUGCAUUUCGAUUUUAUGGAUCCACCGGCACCGGAAACGCUGAUGCGAGCGCUCGAGCUACUGAACUAUCUGGCGGCGCUCGACGACGAUGGCAACCUGACCGAUCUCGGUGCGGUGAUGGCCGAGUUUCCGCUCGAUCCUCAGCUGGCCAAAAUGUUGAUCGCCAGCUGCCAGCACAACUGCUCCAAUGAGAUCCUUUCCAUCACCGCGAUGCUUUCGGUUCCCCAGUGCUUUGUGCGGCCGAAUGAAAUGAAAAAAGCUGCCGACGACGCAAAGAUGCGCUUCGCGCACGUUGACGGUGACCAUCUUACGCUGUUGAAUGUGUAUCAUGCUUUUAAACAAAACAAUGAGGAUCAAAGCUGGUGCUACGAUAACUUCAUCAACUAUCGUUCGCUAAAGUCGGCCGACAACGUGCGGCAGCAGUUGGCCCGCAUCAUGGAUCGCUUCCAGCUGCAGCGCACCAGCACCGAGUUUACCUCCCGGGAGUACUAUUUUAACAUUCGCAAAGCUCUGGUGCAGGGCUUUUUCAUGCAGGUUGCACACCUGGAGCGCACCAAGCACUAUCAAACGAUAAAGGACAACCAAGUGGUACAGCUGCAUCCGUCCACUUGCCUCGACCACAAACCGGAGUGGGUCAUCUACAACGAGUUUGUGCUGACGACGAAGAACUACAUCCGUACCGUGACGGACGUGAAGCCCGAAUGGUUGCUUCAGAUAGCACCGCAGUACUACGAUAUGAACAAUUUCCCGCUGUGUGAGGCCAAGCGGCAGUUGGAGCUGAUAAUGUCGCGACUGGACUCGAAACAGUUCCAGCAAGGUUUUUAAGACGCUUCGUGUGACUUUUUUGCGUAGUUCUGCUUCCGCGACGGUGUGAAUCCGGUUUAAGUGGACAUAUUAUUUCUUCUUCUGUACUAUAACGCACGCGGGGGGCCGAACUUUUUCCUUCGUCAUUCAACUGCACCUACCGAAUUGAGGACGCCGGCGGAUGGCGAGAAUCGAAACAUAUAGCGCAAUA